AUGUCCAAACACAACGAUCAAGGCGCUCCGGCUGCCGGCGAUACCUUCGGGAAUAUGCCACCACCCGCCCCGCCUCCGCCAGAAACCAGAGAAGAGACUAUCAACAAAUGGCUGCGCAGUCGUUAUAUCGAACACUCCCAUCUAGGGGAUCCUCUUGUACUCAGUAUAGAGGACUUUAUCGAUAUCGUUGCAACUAGCUCUACGCACCCUGGUAAAAGUUGGCUAGAGGAUAAUGCACUUGGCCUGGCUGCAGCUCUCAUGACGACGAGUCGAACUGAUAUACUCGUCGUGCCAUCAAAUGCCGCAACAAAGCUCGCUAGCGUUGGCCUAUGUAUCAGCGACAAGAAUGAUUUCAAGACAGAUGUUCUUUCGUGCCAAUGCUACGAUGCUAUGAAGCAAGAAAGCAUUCGAUGGGUUAUCGUUCCCGUAACGAAUGGUAUGGCUAGUCCGGAGGAAGCAGCCCGUGUAAAGGCUGCGAGAGCUGAAGCUGCGAAAGCUAAGAAGAGUAGGAAAGCAGGCCAAGGAGACUAUUCAGAAACAGGUGAUCAAAGCAUGCUAGACAUCAUCCCUGGUGGCGGCACGCAUUGGGGCCUCAUGAUAAUCGACAAGCAAAGAAACGAUGCCAGAUGGCUGGACGGUCAUUUGACACUUGGACAAAAGUCCAACGGAAAGUGGUGCAUAAAGGAAAUCCUUCCACCAGCGUGGACUGCUGGGAAAAUUCUCUGUGGAUACGACAAAGUUAUGGAUCUGAAGCGCGGCCAAUUUACUGCAGUCACCCUCAAACAUGUCCCUCAUGACACCCAUGAUAACAGCUAUAAGGGGGACAAGAACUCGGCAUGUGGGCCAUGGGUUAUCGCCAUGCUCGAAUACCUACUCAAAAACCCGAAGUUUCUCACAAACGGCCUUCACGGUGCGUUUAGACCAAGAGAUAAGAAAUACCACCACCAAAGAAUGGCGUUCAACUCGCUCGAGACACGUAAGCGUAUGCAGGAGAUUAUUCGGAGCGUAGCGGAUGAGAACCUGGGUGAGGAUGAAUUGCCUUAUAAGAUGACAGUGCGCAUCUUGAAGAUUCUCGACUGCCUUGGCACUGUUGAUCUGUUAAAUGGGGUUCUUCAUUUUAGGUAUAAGAAGCCUCCGCCCAGAUCUGGCGGUGAUGGAGGUCCAACUAAGGGUCCGGAUGGCGGUGAUGAUGAUGAAGAUGACAACGAUGAUGAGGACGACGACAACAACGCAGCCCUGCAAGCGAUUCUUGAGCAAACUUUCCGUGUGAACAAAGACGCUUCUGCGCAGGGCUUUAAUGACACUAGCGAAACCGGAAACCAAACUGUUCCAGAUGAUCUCACUAUGUCCUCAGAAGACAGCAACAAAGCGACUGCUGGUCAACCGACCAUUGUCGGCGGCGUGCUUGGAAAACCCGAAGUGCGAGGGGAAAAGAGGAAAGCUGAACAUGGUUUUCCAGAUUAUACUCAGGAUGGAGGGAAGUGGCCUGAGUCUGGCAAAAGGAAAAAGGGGUGA